GGAGGCGGAGGGAGGGAGGGAGGGCUGACGUCAGCGAGCUGAGUAUUAUGGUCUGGGCUGCGCUGGCUGCUGCCGCCGCUCUUCUGCUGCCAGCGGCCGAGUAAACAUGGAGCUCUCCGCCGUGGGGGAGAGGGUGUUCGCGGCCGAGGCCUUGCUGAAGAGACGCAUCCGCAAAGGUCGUAUGGAAUAUUUGGUGAAAUGGAAGGGCUGGUCCCAGAAGUACAGCACUUGGGAACCUGAAGAAAACAUUCUAGAUGCUCGCCUGCUUGCAGCUUUUGAGGAAAGGGAAAGAGAAAUGGAACUUUAUGGUCCCAAGAAACGAGGUCCCAAACCGAAAACCUUCUUGUUAAAGGCCCAGGCAAAAGCCAAAGCUAAAACCUAUGAAUUCCGCAGUGACUCCACUAGGGGAAUCCGGAUGCCUUACCCAGGAAGGUCCCCCCAGGAACUGGGUUCUACUUCCAGGGCUAGAGAAGGACUGAGACAAAUCCCCCUGCCCCCUCAAAGCAGCUCCACCACUGUGACCACCAACACCUCCCGAGUGGAAACAAUCCAGGAGAGCAGGGUUGGGGCAGAGGAUGACCGAUCAGAAGGAGCCUUAAAGAAGCGAGGCCCAAAGCCCAGGAAAGAGCUUUACAAAGACCUGCCUGAGCCUGCUGAUGUGGCCUCCAAGAGGAAAACAGUGGAACCAGGGGACAAGGUGGUGGCAGAUUACCUCAAAGCCAGGAAGUUGGAAGAGGCUGCAAACCCUGGUGCUGCCAAGUUCAGUUCAGGACACAGUGUGAUCCAGUUAGCCCGGAGACGGGAGCCUGAAUUACCCAAUACUCUUUCCAGCCCCCGAGCAGAAGCUGGCAUAAAACUGGGAGCGUCUGAAACUUACCCUCCGAGGCUUACCAAGCACAGGGCUGAUUUCCUGGAUCCAAAGGGGCAAAGUGGUUUGGACUUGGGUGCCCCUAAGAUAUUACACAGCUCUGCAAACCAAGGCAGUUUAUACAGAGAUGGACUGGGGACCCAGGCUGGUAGGCCUUCCCUCAUCGCUCGCAUCCCUGUCUCCAGGAUCCUCGGAGACCCUGAAGAAGAAGCUUGGAGCCCAUCUCUCAACAACUUGGAGAAAGUGGUUGUAACUGAUGUGACAUCAAAUUUCUUGACAGUUACCAUUAAAGAGAGCAGCACAGACCAAGGGUUCUUUAAGGAAAAGCGAUGAAUCUACUUGGAGAAGAGGAGGCAUUUAAAGGGUUUGGUAGAGCUUGGUUGGUUUUGGAUUUUUUUUCUUGGACAGGAUUGAAAAAAUCUGUCCUUAAUUAUUCUUUUAUUCCUUCCCUUUCACCACCGAUUUCAAUUUUGGUUGAAAAGAUUAUCUCUAGAGUUAUAUUUUCUAUUAGAUGUAAAUAUGUUAUUUAAAGAAAAAUACAUAUAUAUAUAUAUCUAUAUACAUAUAUAUAUAUUUCAACUCUAAGUUGUUGUUUUAAUUUAAGGCUCUUGGAGAAGGACGAACAAGUAAAGAACUGGUGUCUCUCUUGCCUCAGUGGCAAGAGCAGGUGUAGAUAGCAAAUGACCCUAUUAGCUAAUUAUAGUGUUUUGAUUUAAUUUUUUUUAUUCAAUUUUUUUCUCUUCCCUUCCCCCAAAGGUGAUGUUGAUGGCAAAUAGGGGAUAUUGUAUUCAUCUGGGGACCAAAAUAGUCUCCAGUUUCUUGAUUGUUAUAUUAUAAGGUAUUGCUUUGUACAAUCAAGUGUGCUGUAUACCCAACUGUUCUAGCUGGACAGCUGAAAUAAGCACUUGACUUCACAGUAUUGUCUUUCUUUUGUGUUGCUCCAGUUCAAGGAAAAAAAAAAAGUUGUUGGCUUAAAAUGUCCAUUAAAAACAGCUGAAAGAUGUUUUAGCAAAGAAGUAUUAACUUGAAUGACCUUUUCUUGCAAGGGAGAAGGGAAAUUGUACAUUUUAAGAUUCCGAAAAGGAGUAGCUGCUGUCAUGCACUUUAAUACAAUUGUCAAAGCGGGAGGGGGGGGGGGAACUGAACUGAUCACUUAGUUUAACUUUCUCUGAGAUUUUUCUCCCAUAAGUCCAUCCCUGCUUGUUCCAAAAAGAUAAUCUGUUUACAUUCCUUACAUGCCAGAAAAGUUGGGGAGGAGAAUGUUUUCACUGCUCAUAUUUUAGGUGCUCCUGCUGUUCUAAUGCAAGUAGAGUCCUCUUCCCAGUGAUUAUAGUUCUCUUCCAGGUCUCUGGGCAGAUCUUUUAUAAAGUGUUGCAUAAUGUAUUUUCCUCAUAAAUGGAAGUCUCCAGUCAGAGAUGCAGGGAAAACAAACAACUCCUUUUAAGAAGCCCGUUAAUCAGUGAGGCAAGACCAGUGUCAAAGCAGACUGUUGCUUUCUUUCUUUUUUCCCCUUGUUCUCCAAGGAUCUCCUCCCCCAAAAGGAUUCUGCAGCUUGUUAAAAGUGAAGCAGUUCUUUCCCACCAAUAUCAUGUAAACUAUAACAGCCCCCCCCCUUCCUACUUCCUUUCAGAAAGCAAUUUGACAUCUGAUGGAUUUUGGAGCCUCCUUUAUUUUUUUGUCUCUGUUCCACUAAAAGGUAAUACGCCUUUCUCCCCUAGACUUGCAUUAACCUCCUGCAUUAGGAGGGGAUGUGCAGGAUGGGGGUUGGGGUUGUUUUCAUUUCUGUUUAGCAGGUGCUGUGGUGUCCCAACAGAUAUUGAUUGAAGGAUCUCUUGUUGGUUCAAAAAGCACAAAUCUGCCUAGCGGCCCCUAAGGGCCUAGCAAGGGGAUGAGUAGCCUUCUCUGUCUUCCUGUGAAUGGCCUGCUCACUCACUGGAGCUUUCUAUAUCAUUUUCUCAUGUGAGGACUGCACAGGGGUGGAAGCAUUAGAAAGUGAGGGAGGGAGGGAGGAGGCGACGAGUGGGUGUACAAAGCUUUCGCUCUUCUCGGGAUCAAACAGAAGUUUCCCUUUCUUUCUCUCACAUAUUCUUUUUGAGACUCCUCCCCCCCCCCCUUAUCCAACUAACUAAAUAUGUUUUUGUUUGUUGAUUUAGACUGUAUGAAGUUAAGUUCUUAUUUCCCAUCUAAAAAUGUCAAGACUUCAGUCCGUUCAGAGAAUUAAGUAAAGAAACUGCAAAUGUGCUCAGUUCCUUUCAUAUUAAACUUACAAGGGUGUGGGGAGGUGUAUGUCAGCAUAUGUAUGUUCACAAAGGUUCCAUAGCCCUUUGCAAGAGGAUGGGGGCUGAGGAGAGCUAUAGGCCAAGAGAAGCACUCCUUUGGUUGAAACAAGUCCUCAAUGGUGUCCUUCCCUCCUCAGGUGUCAAGCGUGGUAUAUGCCACCUAUGAUGUGUGUUUCUAGACACACCAAUGGGUGUAUAAAUCCUAGACAUACAUGUGGGUGUAUAUGUGUAUGUACAUAGUUACAUAUAUUGAAUGUAUGUGUGUGUGUGAGUUAUUUAAUUCUCUUUAAGAUUUGUAAAGAAAACAAACCUUAUAAUCAUUUGGCCUAACAGUCUCAAAAGUGAAGCUUAAGUAGGUGUCUUCUGCCAAUGUUGAAUGUCUAUUGCAAUACCUGCUUUUUAUGUGAAUUGAAAUAUAUAUAUAUUCCUUUGUAAAUAGA